CAUUUAAUGUCAAAUGCGGUCUGCUAGGCGUCUGAAGUAAUUUGGAUUUUGGGCGAUUAUUACAGAUUUUUAUUUUGGAAUUCCACCAUUUAUUCAAAUUGAAUUAAAUUCAAAAUAAGUUCAACAAGGCAAGUAGAGUAGAAGCCAAUAUAUGGAACAUUGGUAAUAGGCGUCGCACCUAUCCGGAUCAGCACGUCGAUAGACGCUCGGCGAUCGUAGCUGAGAAUUGCGUUACAUACCUAUUUCAGCAGUAUUCCACAGCAUUCAGUUGAUCUACGCUAUCGGAAUAAUUUUUUCUGUGCAUGACUAAAUACUGAAAAGCUUUAACUAUGCCAGUUAUGCGCCUUUGUAUCGCGGGUUGUCCAUCGCUUGGGAUACCAAUAUACGCCUUUCCUCCGGAAAAUGAGCCAGACAGACGCAACAAAUGGUUCCGAAUGUUCAACUUAAAUCCAGCGUUAUAUGAAAAUAAAACUGUUCAUAUUUGUCGCCGUCAUUUCAGUAAUAGAAUGACACAAUCAAAAACACUUCCUAAAAAUGCCUAUCCCGAUAUAAAUUUAUAUAUGUACAAUGAACGUGCCCCGUACGUUGAGAAAUACAGUGUCUAUUGGAAAAACGGUGACCGACCGCCAGGAGAGGACCAAGUAAUGGCUAUUGACGUUUCGGAAAGUGGGGAAAAUAUAUCUUAUGAAAUGCCAGGGACUGAAUUAUCUGAUGUUAUCGAAGUUGAUGAAGUAGUUGUGCCGCAAGAAGGUGGUAUGUCAACAUCAGCAGUAUCUCUCCAAUAUUUUCCACCCCUUGUAAAGCAUCAAAAACGGCAAUGCAUACUGAAUUGCCCCGACGGCCGUAAUUUCCAUAAUUUCCCAUCGCUAGAAUUGGAGCCGGAAAGGCGUAAACAAUGGCUUUAUUUACUUGCCAAGGAUCCUGAUUUAUAUCCACAUAAGUAUCUUUAUCUUUGUGAUAGACAUUUCGACUUGCACAUGCGGGGCAGGGCAAAGCUGAUGCGGGGAGCUUAUCCAAAUAAAAAUCUACCACCACCAUUACAAACGCCGAUACCACAAGAUUUGGAGGGAAAGACGGAAUGUAUUCAAAAAUGUAGUGAAUACCACAGAAAGUACAGGUUUCCAUCGUUCGAACAGGAAACCGAAAGAAGAAUAAUGUGGUUUAAAAAAUUUGGACGGGAUCCAAAAAAAUAUAACGACGACGUCUACGCUUGCGACAGCCAUUUUGGCGACGAAAUGCGAAUCGGUCCAUAUCUGCGACGGGAGGCCGUACCAAAUAAAAAUCUAAGACCCGCUGCUGCAUUCGCAAAAGUUAAAAAAUGGUCUUUACAAAAAUUGGAUGCACUAUCUAAUUUCCCAACAAAUACUUCACCCACCCAUACACCCGAGCCCCACAUCCAUCAAAUGACCACCACGGCGCUGCCAACGGCUAACGAAUCGCAGAACAUUGUCAACAAUCUUAGUCAUAUAUUGGUAAAUACGACUGUACAGUUGCCGGUGGAAAAUGACAACGUUCUUAAUCAAGUCAAUCAGCAAAAGUUGUCUGCUCAACGGUCUAAAAAUGAUAAUAUCCUUAAUCGUAUAAAUAUGACCAUAUUGCCGCCUAGCAAUCAACCCGAGGACGCACCGUCGCCUGUACAAUACGUAAAAAUGCAUACAGUGGGUGUAUUUGUGCCACGGCGUACCGGUUAUUUAGUUUCGGUGGAUAAAAUUUUAAGCGCUGAGGAUCCGCUAGAUGUCAACAAGCAUAUGCCGUAUGAUUAUGUGAGGCCAUGUGAUCCCGAGUUGAACAUUAAUGUACAUACAAUAUUUAAAGAGGACUAUGGAGAUUUCAGUAGCGAUGAGGAGGAGGCCGAUAAGGAAACGCCGGAUGAUGUAGAAGUAGACAAAAGUGAUACUGAAAGUGCAGAAGAAAUUGAAGACUGUGCAAGCGACGAAUAUGAGCAAAUACCUACGAAAAGAAGAAGAGAUGAUGUAAACUAUGAAGUGGAAGAAGAAUAUGAGCUUUGGCAAAGCAAUGGAGUAGAAAAUGAAGCUGGAUUAAGGGAUGAUUCUGUUUUAGAACAGCUGGCAACAAAAUACCCCACUGAAAGUUUUUCCAUAUUGCUUAGCAAAGAUAAUAAAGUGGUCGAAUAUAGAAAAGAUGCGGUAGAUCAUGCAAAUAACGAAGAAGAUAUAAUAACACCUGAUGAGCCUGUGGUCAUAUCCGACGAAGAAGAGCCACCUACAGUUGCAAGUAAAAGAGCAGACAAUGGAAGUUUUAUUUCUACGACUGACGGGUUCAGACUAUCCAGCCAAAGGAUAUCAUUUCCGCAGCAUUCCAAAACCGAUUUUGCUAACACUUUUCUGAAGCAACGACAGCAGCAGAAACCUAACAACAAUUUUUUGACAAAGGAAGUAGCGUUAGCUAAAAGUUGGCAGCAAGUGAUAGAAACCAUAGAUAAGGAGCUCAUUUCUAGCACUGCAAAGGAGAACGCAACCGAAGCCAGCACAACGGUGCCAAACCAAACGAUAGGCAAGGCAAAUGUAGAAAAAAAUUUCCAGAUAGAAAAAGUUAAGUCCACGGUAGCGGCAGGUUCAACAAAUAUUACAAGAAAUAUUGUUGGUGGAGGAGUAGCAGCAGCAGCAGCAGUUCAAGGAGCAAAACAAGUGUUAAGACGCGUGAACACCACUGAUGCAAUUACCAAAACCACGACUAUCGAUUUGAUUGAUCUUUUAAAACCUAAAGCUGCUCGCAAUAGUUGUAUUCUCAAGUGUGAAAGCUUUCGUAAACUUUACGCUUUUCCAUCGGCCGCAACAGAGAAAUAUCGUCGUCACUUUUGGUUUCUUGAGCUCGGCUUAAACAUUAAAAGUGAUUGGUACAAGUCCUUAUACAUUUGUGAUAAACACUUUGCAGAUAAUAUGCUGAUUGAAGAUAAGCUACACAAAUACGCAUACCCCAGGAAAUCAACAAAAUACCAAUUAAAUACUAUGCGCAUGGAAGCAAGCACACAAACCGAAGAUGUCGCUGAAUGGAAAGGUUACACAGCAUUAUUGCGAGAAUUAACCGAAUUGGCGGAGUUGGAUAAACAGCAAGACAGGGUGGUAAUACGUACUAAAUUUUUAAUUCGACUCAAGCAGGAAGCGUCACGUUUGGUAGCAGAAAUUCAAAAUGCCGAUGAAGAUGAGGAUGUUAGUUAAAAAAGAGAUUUACACCCAAAUGCAUGACUUUAAGGGCCAGUUUUUCAGUGCACGGCCGUUGUCAGCCAGCUGUUCAAUUUAAACUCGGUUUACUUAAUCUAAGUUUAAACUGGAGCUAAAAACUGGCCCUAAGAGGACAACUCCAAAAAAAGCUUUUCGGGCAUUCGGAGCUUUUCAGGAUUUCAGAAAUAUCUGAAUUGUGUAGCUGAAAGCCUCUGAAAAGCUUGUUGUGGAGUUGUACUCUAAAUGCUUUGUAAAUCACUUUAUAAAGCUUUUUUGAAUAUGGCCACUAGUAGUCUGGAAUUGGGUACAAGGUGUUGCGCACGGUAUUGUAUAACGUUGGCAUCAUUAAAAUAAGCACUAUGCGGUAGUUUAAAGUUUUCUCUAGUGAGAGCAAACAAUGAAUAAAAAAGUGAAGUAUGAAAUGCUUUCCGAA